CACACACACACACACACAUUUCCGGUGAUUUAGAGCUGUAAAGAGCUCGUGGUGUUGGUCUUCACGCUGAUCACCCGAGACCCCCGGAACCAGAAGACGGGAGAAGGUCGGAGAAGGUCGGAGAAGGUUGGAGAAGGUCGCGCAGAAGGAUAUAAACCUCACCGAGUGUCUGAUUGCGUGUAGAAGUAAAAGAAGAGAUUAGAUAUCUGAUCGGAGGAAGAGAAAGUCGCUCAGGAUGUCGGACUGCAGCAGUUCUUCAGAGAGUAAAGUAAAACCUCUUAGUUUCAGCACUCAGAAGGAAAUGUUUGAGAAAAUGGAGGAAUCGUUUAAAUUCUGUGCCAGAUGUGGGAAACAUCCCUCACAGGUGACCAACACACUGAAACGCUGUGCAAGGUGUUUGAACGUGUAUUACUGCAGUAAAGACUGUCAGAAAGAGGACUGGUCUCUGCACAAGAAGUAUUGUGCACAGCUGCGUAUGGCCGCAGUAGACAGACUGGUAGAGUGGCUCGUUUAUCGAGGGGACCUGCCUUUCCCUACAGAGGCGUGGUCUAAACCUGCUAAAGAGGUCCGGUGCUGGGAUGAUUGGCUCUCCAUGCAGGGCGACCUCACAGCCCGGAUGGACCCGAUCCUGUCUGGGAAGAACAUGACAGACCUCUGGACCAAUGCCUGCCGGCCACGUCCAGAUGAGGCGGAGCUUCGUGAAUCUGUGUGGCGCGUGUGUAGCGAGUUCCUCUCACGUCCACUGACUAUCGGAAUGGCAAUGAAGAUGUUCGGUCUGAAUCCGUAUUCCCGACCUCUGACCAUCCACGUCGUUGGGGCAGGCAACACUGAGACCCUGGGUGCAAGGACAACAGGUCUGGAUGAGCUGAGUCGUAUGUUUCCUGGACAUCAGGGCCUGGAGGUGGUCAUGGUGGGGACAGAUGUGGUGCCGGGGCCCAUCGUGAGGCCUCCAUUAAGGGCGUUUGGUCCACGGGGAAGGGUCUACAUCAGCGCCUAUAAGGGUCUGUACCAUGAGUUCUGGGAGGAGCUUGUGGAGAAAGGAGAGGCAGCGAAACCAGACCUUGUGGUGGGGUUUCAUCCAGAGUUUAAUUCCAGGCAGGGAAUGACAGAUGGAUGGUUGCCAACACUGCUGCUGCUCAGAGACUACAACAUCCCUACCUUGUUCACUGUGACCAAUGAUGGGGAGUUGAAGUAUUCUGUGCAGAUCUUGGUGGAGUUGGAGAUGGACAUUAAAGGCACCGGGCCGAACCCUUUCAGUUCCCAGAAGCCCGAGCAGGCACAGUCCAGUCCCAACACUGAGCCGAGCUACUGCAAUGCCUUCUACCUGAACGUCCAGGGCCUGCUGGAGGACAAGCAGGAUGAGGAGGACUAGAAUUCACCCUCCUGUUUUAGUGUGUAUUAUUCAAACAAUCUGUGAUGUAAAAUGUUUUAUUAAAUUGGAGGUUUAGGGUUUACAUCUGGACUGAGUUUUUUUGUAUAAGUAUUCACUCCCCUUGAACUUUUCCACAUUUUGUAGUGUUACAACCUUAAACUGAAAUGGACAUCAUUGGUAUUUUUUGUCAUGGAUCUACACAAAAUAGCCCAUAAUAAGCAAUAUAGUUUGGAAAAUUAUUUAUGAAUAAAAAUGGUAAAGUCUCAUGUGAUCUCAAUACACAUCUGUUCCCCAGAGUUUGUUAAAGAACCAAACAGUAUCAUGAAGACCAAGGAGCUAUCAAAACAUGUUCUGGAAAAGUAUCAAUCAGAGAGGGGUUAUAAAUAUCCCAACAAUAAAUCCCAAACAAUAAAUCCAUUACUUUUUAAAUGGUUAUAGGUGUUGAUCAAUGAUAUAUUUCUGUAAAGCUGCUUUGUGAUGAUGUCCAUCAUUAGAAGUGCUAUACAGUACAAAUAAAAUGUAAUUGAAUUCAUCUUCAUCAGA